CCCCUUUAAAGUCCCACGGAGACCUCCAGCCGUCCGCGCAGAGCACGGCUGCCAGGGAACCCGACUGUCGGCUGGGCGGUGGACACGCCGCUGUCAGGGCCAGCCUUGCGGAGCCGGAAGGAGGUGCGCCGACAGACGGCGUAGACGAAGAGGAGGGACAGGGAGGCAGCCGACCGCAGCGAGGACCCAGAGAUUCUUUGCCCAGGGAGCCCCAGCCCAAGUCGCUUUCGCUGCCUCCCUCCAGGGGCCCAAGGAGACAGGUGUGGGGCUUCGCUGUAGAGGCCCAGCAUCCUCCCGUCUCCACGCAGCCCUGCCUCCUCGGUCGCCGCCAGCUUCCUUUACCCGGGGGUUGCGGGGGUUGGAGGGGGUGGACACGCGCGCGUGGCUGGAAAGGCCGAGGACAGCCUUGGCCCCCGCACCUGCACCUGAUGGCCGUCGUCGAGGCAGGAGCGCUGGCCACGUUCGGAGCCUGGGAUUACGCGGUCUUCGCCCUCAUGCUGCUGGUGUCCACGGGCAUCGGGCUGUGGGUCGGUCUGGCGCGGGGCGGGCAGCGCAGCGCUGAGGACUUUUUCACCGGGGGCCGGCGCCUGGCCGCCCUGCCCGUUGGCCUCUCGCUAGCCGCCAGCUUCAUGUCGGCGGUGCAGGUGCUGGGCGUGCCAGCCGAGGCCUACCGCUAUGGCUUCAAGUUCCUCUGGAUGUGCCUGGGACAGUUACUCAACUCUCUGCUCACCGCCUUCCUCUUCAUGCCGGUCUUCUACCGCCUGGGUCUCACCAGCACCUACCAGUACCUGGAGCAGCGCUUCAGCCGCAGCGUGCGGCUCUGCGGGACCCUGCAGUACCUGGUAGCUACAAUGCUGUAUACAGGCAUCGUGAUUUACGCCCCCGCGCUCAUCCUGAAUCAAGUGACCGGGUUGGACAUCUGGGCAUCGCUCCUGUCCACUGGAGUCAUCUGUACCUUCUAUACGACUGUGGGCGGCAUGAAGGCUGUGGUCUGGACUGAUGUGUUCCAGGUCGUGGUGAUGCUAACCGGCUUCUGGGUUGUCCUGGCCCGCGGGAUCAUGCUGGUGGGUGGGCCCAGGAGCGUAUUUGAGAUUGCCCAGAACCACUCCCGGAUGAACCUGAUGGACUUUGACCUGGACCCGCGGAGCCGCUACACAUUCUGGACUUUUAUAGUGGGCGGCACGUUGGUGUGGCUCUCAAUGUAUGGCGUGAACCAAGCACAGGUGCAACGCUAUGUGGCCUGUCGCACGGAGAAGCAGGCCAAGCUCCUGAGGCUGUGCCUCCCCCACAGGGCCUUGCUCAUCAACCAGCUGGGCCUGUUCCUGAUCGUGUUCAGCGCUGCUGGCUGUGGUAUCAUCAUGUUCACGAUCUAUGUAGACUGUGACCCGCUCCUUGCAGGGCGCAUCUCCGCCCCUGACCAGUACAUGCCCUUGCUGGUGCUGGACAUCUUCGAGGACCUGCCUGGAGUCCCUGGGCUCUUUCUGGCCUGUGCCUACAGUGGCACCCUCAGCACUGCCUCCACCAGCAUCAACGCCAUGGCCGCAGUCACCGUGGAGGACCUCAUCAAACCUCGGCUGCCGAACCUCGCACCCCGGAGACUCGUGAUGAUCUCCAAGGGGCUCUCCCUCAUCUAUGGCUCAGCCUGUCUCACCGUGGCGGCUCUGUCCUCGCUGCUGGGGGGAGGUGUCCUCCAGGGCUCCUUCACCGUCAUGGGAGUCAUCAGUGGCCCCCUCCUUGGAGCCUUCAUUCUGGGGAUGUUUCUUCCCGCCUGCAACACGCCGGGUGUCCUCUCCGGGCUGGCCACUGGCAUGGCGCUUUCACUGUGGGUGGCUGUGGGUGCCACUCUAUACCCGCCCAGCACCCAGUCCUUGGGAGUCCUGCCGUCAUCGGCUGAUGGCUGUGUCAUGCCCUCGGCCAAUGCCUCUGAAUUCUUGGGCCAGCUCCUUGCCACCAACACCUCCAGCAGGAAUAGCAGCCCUGAAAUGGACCUUGAUCGACCCGCCUUAGCUGACAGCUUUUAUGCCAUUUCCUACCUUUACUAUGGUGCCCUCGGCACGCUGAGCACUGUGCUAUGUGGAGCCCUCGUCAGCUGCUUGACAGGCCCCACCAAGCGCAGUGCCUUGAGUCCUGGGCUGCUGUGGUGGGAUCUUGCACGGCAGACAGCAUCGGUGGCCCCCAAGGAAGAAGUGGCUACCUUGGAUGACAGCUUGGGGAAGGGUGUUGAGGAACUGCCCCCUGGAACUAAGAGGACUCCUGACUUCCCACCCACUGACGAGGACCAUCUGCUCUUCCUGGGGCAGAAGGAGGUCAAUGGGCCCGGCUCCUGGACUCCCAGCAGUACACAUGACCGUGGUCAGGACCUUCGGGAAACAGACCUCUGAGCCAGCAGGGGACUGGCUACCUGGGAUGGAACCUCAGGGUAGGCCCUCCCAGGCCACAGAAGAACGGCCUCUGGCUCCAAUUGGCUGGAUUGUGUCUUUAUGCAAAUGAGUUUGGGAUCCCUGCCCUAUGGAAAGAGGUGAAGCCCUACCUCUGGGAAGUCAUUUUAUCCAGCCCCCUUCCAGCCAGCCCCUAGUCUUAGAUGCUGCACCCUUGCCUGUUCCCCCAAAAUGAAGCCAGAUUUCUGUCUAUAUGCAAUAGAAAGAUGUCGAAGUCCCCUCUGGACAACAUGGGAAAACUCCAGGCCCAGCAUUAGAGUCUGAGAAUGUCUCCAGUGCUUCUCUAGAAUGUUAGGAAGGGUUUUGGAGGUCCUCAGGCACCAACCCCUGCACCCCAUCUCACAGUUGGGGAAACUGAGGCCUGGAAAGGGGCAACAACUUGACCAAGGCCACAGAGCACACCAGAGAUUCAUUGAGAAUUGGGACACCAGCACUUCCGCCUUCACCGCCUCCCUCUUUUCCUCCCUUUGGAGGGUCAGACAUCACAUGGCCCCUGACCUUGGGAGCAAGAAGGGAAGAUAAAGGAGAAAUAACAUUCUUGAUCUUCCUCUUAUCCUGGACACUACGUAUCUUAUCUGCCUGAGGUUACAGCAAGUCAGGUUGGGGCAGGGACAGACCUGGGAGCUACAUGAUGUUGAAGGUCUAUUGCCAGCAUGUCACCAGCAAUAGACAGGGUCUGUGGACAGGGUCAGACAGGUGGGCAAAGCCAUGUCCUGGGGAUGCGCUUUACUUUGGAUGCAGAGAUUUAAUCCAUGCACUUCAAAUAAAUGGACUUUGAUGCUUAAUGUUC